AUGUCGCGCAGUAGAUGCGAUGGUUUGCUUGCAAAGGUCGAUUUUCCUCUUUACACUUUACAAACCCUUACUAAUCGACAUGUUAUCGUGGCUGGAGGUGGCGGAGCAUCUAAUACAGGCGUCGCUAAUGGAUUUGAAAUAUUUGAACUCUCGCACAAUGGUAGCAAAUUUGUGGCUGAAGAAGUAAUGAGGCAUGAAACAGGACCAAAUGUGGUCAUGAACUGUUCAGUACGCAAUGUCCAGAAUCGAACAUAUUUAACCGCUGGGCAGGAGAGCCACUGUCAGCUGUAUAAAGUUAACAUCCGUAUGGUGGAUGCUGCCGAGAUGAGAAGGGGUAGCUUUAGAGCUGAGAAUGGCCUAGUUCGUAGACGUCGCCGGACAGUUUCUGAAAAUGAUAAUAUAUCUAAGAUGGAUAACAAUUGUAACACGACUGAGAAGAGAAUAUCAUUUGAAAUGAGGCCGAGUGAUAGUGUUCAAACUGAUUUUAGCGAUGAUCCAUUACAACGAGUAGUAUCAAUAAGUCCUGAUGGAAACCUGAUGGCCACUGGUGGAGUUGAUGGAAUUAUCCGAGUAUGGAAUUUUCCACAGAUGCAAUUAUUAUUUGAACUCAAAGGCCACACAAAAGAGCUGGACGACCUGGACUUCAGCCCGUGCAGUAGCAAGCUGGUGAGCAUAGCGAAGGAUGGAUUUGCACAUUUGUGGGCGACUAAGGAAAAGGCGGCGCCGCUGCUACAGCUCACCUGCCAGCCGCCCAACGGCACCAAGUUCUUAUUUAGGAGAUGCAAAUUUGCCAUGGUAGAAGACAAACCCAACGAACAAAGGAUGUUCACGAUAGCCAACCCGCUAGCUCGGUCGGGCAAGCAGCGUGGACUACUGCAACUGUGGGAGCCCAACAGUGGGACGCUACAGCGCAGUGUGGUGUGUAACGAGGCGCUAUCCGCCCUCACGGUGCGGGACGACGGACGGUUUGUCGGAGUUGGCACAAUGUUUAGUGGAUCUGUUGAUAUAUAUAUCGCAUUUAGCUUGCAGCGCGUGUUACACGUGAAGAGCGCUCACCGCAUGUUCGUGACGGGGUUGGCGUUCUUGCCCGUCCGGGGUUACGGCCCCUCCAUCACCAGUCGGAGCGAGGCGGCCCUUCUCUCCAUCUCUGUAGACAACUGCCUCUACGUGCACGCGCUGCCGCAACGCAGUACUAUGCCGGCGUGGUUGGCCAUAGUAUUAAUAAUCUUCGUCCUAUUCUGCACUUUCUGCGCAUGCUCAUACCUAGGUAUUUAA